AUGCCUGCGAAGACGUCUGAGAACUACCCCUCCGCCUAUGAGGCUGCCGACCUACGGGACACUGCCACAGACUCUGGCUAUGUCAGUGGUGGCUCUAGUGAUGACUACUCCCCAGAAAUCGUCUUCACGAAGCCUCACUUGAACUUCCUCAACAGACAAUUGCAGUUUCUUGAGCCUCAAGAUGUCCUGAGAUGGUGUGUGACCUCUCUGCCUCACCUCUACCAGACCACCGCUUUCGGUCUCACCGGUCUCGUGACCCUGGACAUGCUCUCCAAGCUGGACGUGCCCCGGCCCCAGAUGGUUGAUCUCAUCUUCCUCGACACCCUCCACCACUUCAAAGAGACCCUGGAUCUGGUCGAUCGUGUCCGCCAGAAGUAUCCUUUGGUCAACAUCCAUGUCUUCAAGCCCCAGGGCCUGGAGACAGAGGAAGAAUUUGCCCAGAAGUACGGUGCCCGUCUCUGGGAGAAGGACGACCAGUUCUACGACUGGGUGGCCAAGGUUGAGCCUGCCCAGCGUGCCUACCGCGAACUCAACGUUCACGCUGUCCUUACUGGACGUCGUCGCAGCCAGGGUGGCAAGCGUGGUGACCUCGAUGUCAUUGAGGUUGACGAGGCUGGCCUGAUCAAGAUCAACCCUCUUGCCAACUGGACCUUCGAACAGGUCAAGCAAUACGUCCAAGACAACGAUGUUCCCUACAACGAGUUGCUCGACCGUGGUUACAAGAGCAUUGGUGACUACCACUCCACCCAGCCGGUUAAGGAGAACGAAGAUGAGCGGUCUGGUCGCUGGAAGGGCCAGGAGAAGACCGAGUGCGGUAUCCACAACCCUCGCUCCAAGUAUGCUCAGUUCCUCAUGGAAAUGGAGCGUAAGCGUCAAGAAGAGGCCCUAUCGCAGGCUCUUCAGACGUCCCUGACGACGUCCGCUCAGUAA